GGGAGAUCCAAAAUCGACUACCGAGGUCUCUAACUACGCUCGACUGGGAUCAUUCUUUCGUUUCCGUCUACUCGAAAGACAAUCCGAAUUUGCUCUUCGACAUGGUCGGUUUUGAGGUACGCAUUUUGCCGAAGAUUAGGACUUACCAGGAAGAAUUCUCCAUGCGCGAAGGUGCGUGGAAGUUGCAGAAUGAAGGCACGAAGGAGAUGACGGCCCAGGCGUUUUUGCGAGUGGAAGACGCGGGCAUGCGGGAGUACGAGAAUCGGGUUCGCCAGAUUCUAAUGGCUUCCGGGUCAACCACCUUCACGAAGAUCGCGAACAAAUGGAACACAGCGUUGAUUGGGUUGAUGACGUACUACAGAGAAGCAGUGAUUCACACGGACAACCUGCUGGACUUGCUAGUGAAGUGCGAAAACAAGAUCCAAACGCGGAUUAAGAUCGGGCUGAACUCGAAGAUGCCCAGUCGAUUCCCGCCAGUGGUGUUUUACACCCCGAAAGAGCUGGGAGGAUUAGGCAUGCUCAGUAUGGGACACAUCUUGAUCCCACAAAGUGAUUUGAGGUACUAACUUCGACAGCACUUUCCCUUGAAUAGUUUUUGAUCAUGUUGAUUUUUGGACGAGGACUGCUAGUCGUGUAGUAGUAGAAAAGUACUAGUCGUGAGCUUGAAGAACGUACUAUCGAUUGCGAUUGCUGCUCUUGCUUUUUUAAUAAAACAAGAGAUACAAGUUGGAUCAUGUUGACCACCACCAACGACUGAGAACCCUGUGUCAACCAAGUAUCUUCUUCACGACACGACCCUCAAUGCGGCAACAGGUACACUCGUCAAACUGAGACUGGUAUUACGCACUUCCGAGCUGGUCUCUCGCAUGAGGAGGAUCAACUUAUUCCUAAUUUGUACCGGUACAUGCAGACGUGGGAAGCUGAGUUUUUGGAUUCUCAGCGCGUGUGGGCUGAAUUCGCACUGAAGAAACAGGAAGCGAACACGCAAAACCGAAGACUGACAUUGGAGGACUUGGAGGAUGCAUGGGAUAGAGGUGUGCCGAGGAUCAAUACGCUGUUUCAGAAAGGUACCUGUUUAGAAUGUUACUAGAAGGUGGCCUAGUGUGCUUGCUGUAGUUUGCAUCUACUACGAAACAGAAAAAAAGAUCAUCGAGGACCACGACUACCUACCAUGACUAUUAUAUGAACUUGGUGGUAGUAAGAAUUUAAGAUGCAGCCUGACCACGACCUACCAACAAUCCACCAACAAUCCUCAUCAAUGAUCAACAUUCUCUCACCCAACGACCAAAACCACCAUCAGAUCGCCACACAUUGGCCUUCGAUAAGGGCUGGAGAAUACGACAGGACUUCAAGCAGUAUCAAAUUUUGAGAAUGAAUCCGUUCUCGUGGACGCACGCUCGGCACGAUGGAAAAUUGUGGAACCUGAACAACUACAGAACAGAUAUGAUUCAGGCGUUGGGUGGGGUCGAAGGUACAGUUUUUUUUUAGAUUUUUUGAGAUUGAUAUUUUGGAUAAUGUUGGAGAAUGUUGAUUAUACUUCGAAUUUCCUAGAAAGUUGUAGAGAAACUUGAGUAGAAUUGUUAACGUUGUUAGAUGAAAAUAGCACUAUUAAUUCAUUUUUAGACCAAAAUCAGGUAGUUUUUGCUUCAAAUAUGAUUUCGAUGCAAUCUCCUCGCCAGGAAAUGAAUUCGAAUUAAAUGGAAUAAAAUCAGAAAUUCUUGGAUAUCUUCAGAAUAUCAAAUUCAAAAAUUCAAUCAUUUCUAAAAAUUUUGCACACUACUCCUUUCAUGCUACAGGUAUUCUCGAGCAUACUUUGUUCAAGGGUACCUAUUUCCCCACAUGGGAGGGUCUUUUCUGGGAGAAAGCCUCUGGUUUCGAGGAAGCUAUGAAAUUUAAGAAUUUGACGAAUGCCCAGCGAUCUGGUUUGAACCAGAUUCCCAAUCGUCGCUUCACACUAUGGUGGUCGCCAACUAUUAAUCGAGCCAACGUUUACGUGGGAUUUCAAGUCCAGCUCGAUUUGACUGGAAUUUUCAUGCACGGCAAGAUACCAACAUUGAAAAUCAGUUUGAUCCAGAUUUUUAGAGCACACUUGUGGCAGAAAAUUCACGAAUCCAUUGUCAUGGACUUGUGUCAGGUAUACAUGGAUAUGUCUUUGAUUACAUUGGUUUCAUUUUCAUUUGAUCCUGAAAAUUAUCUCUCGGUCAGAAUUGAAUUUGAAUUAAAAUGGAAUAAAAUCAGAAUUUCUUGGAUAACUCAAAUUUUUGAAAAUUGAAACCAACAAAGGUUUUCGAUAUGGAGCUUGAUACUCUCGAGAUAGAGAUGGUGCAAAAGGAGACGAUUCAUCCACGAAAAUCGUACAAGAUGAAUUCUUCUUGUGCCGAUAUCCUGCUUUUCGCUUCUCACCGUUGGCCCAUCAGUAAGCCCAGUUUGAUCUCCGAAAGCAAGGACGCGAAUGAUCCCGGUGUUGUCUCUCAAAAGUACUGGAUUGACGUGCAAUUACGAUGGGGCGACUACGAUUCCCACGACAUCGAACGAUAUACGAGGGCUAAGUUCCUCGACUACACGACCGAUAACAUGUCGAUCUACCCCAGUCCAACGGGUGUUUUGCUCGGUUUGGACUUGGCGUACAAUUUGCACAGUGGCUUCGGAAACUGGUUCCCAGGAAUGAAACCCUUGCUGCACCGUGCGAUGAACAAAAUCAUGAAGAGCAACCCUGCGAUGUAUGUGUUGCGCGAGAGAGUAAGGAAGGGUCUGCAGCUGUACUCAUCCGAAGCGACCGAGCCUUACUUGAACUCGACAAACUUUGGCGAGCUGUUCAGCAGUCAGAUUAUCUGGUACAACACAUUAAGAGUUUGUUCUUCUCGAUACUACGUAUACCAAGUAAUCCUAGUAAAAAUCGGUGUAGUACUAGUACUCAUCUGAAUUUUUAUCUUCAACUCCAUAGAAUUCUAGAAUCUUCUAUUCUACUUGUAUGUUCAGAAAUGUUCAUCAGAACUUCAUCUCCCCCCUUCAUCUCCCACAACGACCCUAUAAUUACUUAACCUCACCAGGUUCGUCGACGACACCAAUGUGUACCGUGUGACGAUCCAUCGAACCUUCGAGGGUAACAUGACCACUAAACCGGUGAAUGGUGCCAUUUUCAUCUUCAAUCCUCGUACCGGUCAAUUGUUCCUCAAGAUCAUUCACACCUCCGUCUGGGCCGGCCAGAAGCGUCUAGCGCAGCUGGCGCGUUGGAAGACAGCGGAAGAGGUUGCUGCGUUGAUCCGCUCCCUGCCGCCGGAAGAACAGCCCCGGCAGCUGAUCGUCACGCGUAAGGGUAUGUUGGACCCGCUGGAGGUGCAUUUGCUGGACUUCCCCAACAUCGUGAUCAAGGGCAGCGAAUUGAUGUUGCCGUUCAUGAGCUGCAUGUCGAUCGAGAAGUUCGGAGAUCUGAUCUUGAAGGCGACGCAGCCAGAAAUGGUGUUGUUCAACCUCUACGAUGACUGGCUGAAAUCCAUCUCGCCGUACACAGCGUUUUCACGCCUUUUACUGAUCCUCCGUGCGCUGCGUGUGUCGCCGGAUCGCACGAAAGUUUUGCUCAGACCAGACAAAACAACAGUGACGCAGCAGCACCACGUGUGGCCGACUCUGACCGAGUCGGAGUGGAUGCAGGUCGAGGUGCAAAUGCGCGACUUAAUUCUAGCGGACUACGGCAAACGGCACAACAUCAACGUUGGAGCGUUGACGCAGAACGAGAUCCGCGACAUCAUUCUUGGUAUGGAGAUCGCGCCUCCGACACUGCAGAAACAGCAGAUCGAAGAGCUGGAAAACCGCGGUAAAGAGUCGAAUGCCAUCACAACCGUGACGACGAAAACCCUGAACGUCCACGGGCAAGAGAUGGUGAUCACCACAGUUUCGCCAUACGAGAAUCAGCGCUUUUCGUCGAAAACAGAGUGGAGAGUGCGGGCAAUUGCGGCGUCGACGUUGCACUUGCGAACGAAUCAGCUGUACGUGAACAGCGAAGACAUCAGGGAGACAGGGUACUACUGCUCAAUAUUUUUUCCAUUUGCUCUUACUAGUUGUGAAGUCGUCAAGAAACUUAAAACUUACAACAACAUUUUUACUCCAUAGAUUGAUUGAUUUACCUAGUCUAGAAAUACUGACUUUGAAAGGUCCUGGGUAAGUCUCAUUAUAACGCUUGUUAAGCCUAGCGACUCUCUUAUCUGUCCAUCAUUUGCGUAGUACCUUGUCGUAGGCUUUAUUUCUUGCUCUUCCUGUUGAACUCCAAUAUGAUACCAUCUUCAUAUUACCAUAUACAUUACAAGAAUUCGCCUACAAACUACACAGAAUCAUCUCUACUAGAAACUAGUAGUAGGCCUAUUGCAUUAAAAAUCUCAAUGAAAAUAUUACCAUAUAGACCCUCCCCACCAUAUUAAGAUUAACGAUCAGGUACACCUACAAUGCCUCAAUGAAAAUAUUACCAUAUAGACCCUUGUCCCCACCAACUACAUAUUAACGAUCAGGUACACCUACGUGAUGCCGAAGAACAUUCUGCGGCAAUUUAUUACAUAUUAACGAUCAGGUACACCUACGUGAUGCCGAAGAACAUUCUGCGGCAAUUUAUUUGCAUCUCCGACUUGAGAACGCAGGUUUCCGUCUACCUAUACGGCAAGUCGCCGGCCGAAUCGCCACAAGUGAAGGAGAUCUGGGCCAUGGCUCUGGUUCCUCAACUAGGCACGCAUCAGAGCGUCCAAUUGCCGAACCUCUUGCCGGAUGAGGUCUUGGCGGCAGGUGGCACUGAGAACAAUCCACUGAAAGGGCUAGAGCCACUGGGUUGGUUGCACACGCAGAGUGCGGAGUUCAAGGACUGCACCGCCAUCGACAUGACCAUGCAUGCCAGAGUGUUGACCGACCACAAAUCUUGGCUAGCGGACCAAGCGAUCAUGGCGACGUGUAGUUUCACUCCAGGUAGUUGUUCCUUGACCGCUUGGCGUUUGACGAGUCAAGGAUUCCAGUGGGCGAAGAGCAACAAGGACGUGUCCAAUCCACUUCCGAGCGGCUACAAACCGGAGUUCGCAGAGAAAGCACAAAUGCUUCUCUCCGACAUCUUCCUGGGCUUCUUCCUAGUACCUGAAGGCGGCAUCUGGAACUACCAUUUCAUGGGCAGUAAGAUGCGCGCUGACAUGAAGUACAGCUUGGUACUCGAAACACCCCACGAAUUCCACCACGAACUACACCGACCGCAGCACUUCUUGACCUUCACAGAUAUGGGCGGAGAGACGAACCCAGGGGCGGCGGACAAGGGAAAUGCGGAAGCGGAUCGGGAAGACUUGUUUUCAUAACUGAUUACAACGGGAACUACUACGAGACUACUUGUUUUCAUCUAAUUAUAACUGAUUUUUACGUCAGUGCACCUGGCACUCUGACUCGAUCGAGGCCCCUGAACUUUAACUUUAGAGGAGUACGAGAAGGAGGAGUAGCUUCAUCUACUUUUUGUGUCGUGUCUUGUAGAUCUAGUUGAACUUGAUCAUGUCUUCAUCAGAGUCAGAACUUGAAUACAUAAGAUGAACUGCGCCUCCACAUCUACUAGCUACAUAGAAGAUACAGAUAGAAGUUGAAAAUGAUCGUCAUACUAUCAUAAUAUCUUUGACUUUAUUGCUGGAUGACAGUAGCCUUCUAAUACCUCGGUCCACCUGGUGGUGGACACGUAAUAGAAGCACAACUCCAUUAAGCCUUGUUGCUAUUGUCGAUAGUUUUAGUUUUUCGAAUAAUACUAGUAUCUAUUCUUGAAUCCUUGCUCUACUUCAUCGUAGCGGUUGUAAUUAUUUGCCCGUUGUAAUCUAAUGACCACGCCUUCAUCGGUGCAAUGCUUUAGAAAUAGAUUGUCACGUUAUUUUCGAGUUCACGUUCGGAUAUGAUCAAAUUAUAAAGUAUCUAAAUCUAUCGCAACCUUAUUUGAAAUAUCGAAGAAUUACGAUUAUGAAUCCUUACAACUAUCAUUUGAUGUGUGGUUUCUCAGCAACAUAAAUGUCAUCAGAAAUCCAAAUUUGACGAAAAAAGGAGCGCAUCCCGUUCCCAGUAACUACAGAGAGUAACAGCGUCUGCCAUAUUAAACUGGUUGAAGACACGACACAAAUAGCAUCAUGAUCACCAACAUGACCAUCAAGACUUAUAUAUAUGUUAUCCUUCGCUUUCGUCGUAAAACGAAAAACUGUAGUACAACAAACUACAGGAACAAACUACUUGGUCGUGUGGUUCUUCCGAAAAAUGUACUACGACUCAGACUCUGUUG